UUUAAAUACUGAUGCUCAGUUAAACGCUUUAACGGAGACUCACGCACCUAGUCAGGAGGACGUUGAAACCACCAAGCAACUUGAUUGUGACGAAAUGAUCCGUCGCUAUCUCUUCACUCAGGAUGAACCCUCGGAACGAAAUGAAGCGAAACUUGUGUGCGAACCGUGUCGCCUAACGAUCAGAACAUGGCACCGUUUUUACGAAAUGUGCCACAGGAACGCUGAAGUUUAUCGGCAAUGGGUCCAAUCUUCGGAAAGGAGGACAGUUACCUUUGUCGCUGAAAGGGAAAUACCCGAAAAUGUACUCCGCAAAGCUGGCUCAGACACGGAGGAAUGUGUUGCAUUGGAAAUAGAGUUUAAGGCAGCGGAAGACGACAAAAGCUGCGACGAUGAGGUGACGCUCGGCCACACCAACGUUUUGGACGAUGAGGAAGAAAGCGAUAAUUCUGUGGCCGAAAAUGGUGCAACGGACCACGUAAGCAGUUCUUCGCCUGGCGCAUCCCCGGAACGUAUGGGCCUUCGAGAAACGUUGAAGCGGAAGCGAAAGUCUGCCUGCGAAGUUUGUGGCCAAUAUCGGUCCAACAUGGCGGAACACAUGAGGGCGCAUACAAAUGACCGGCGCUUCAAGUGCCCUCAUUGUCCCAAGAGCUUCGUCAGUGCGUCCAAUCGGCACAGCCACGUAAACAUUCACACGCGACAGAAAAUGUACAAAUGCGAUCUUUGCGAAAAAGAGUAUCCGACACUGAAUGGGCUGAAACAGCACAGGGUUACGCACGAAAAGAAACGUGUGUACCUCUGUCCGAUCUGUGGCAAAUCUUACUACCAGCAGACCAACUAUGCACGCCACCGACGUACCCAUUUACAGGAACGCAAGAUCCAAUGCGACAGCUGUGAUAAAGUAUUCAUGACCAGGGGCGACUUGCGGAAACAUACAAUUACGCACCUGAAUGUCAAGCCAUUCGCUUGCCAAGUCUGCGAUCAACGAUUUAAUCGUAGGGAUAAUCUAAAAACCCAUUUAAAAAUACACCUCGCUCACAAGCACGGGAAACGGUCGAAAGAGGAAGAAGCCUUUUAG